GGGCGCCCCGGGAGCGGGGCAGGACAGGGGCCCCGCCAUGUCCAAGCUGCUGCCGGCUCAGGAGGCAGCCCGGAUCUACCAUACCAACUACGUGAGGAAUGCGCGGGCCAUGGGAGUGCUCUGGGCCCUCUUCACCCUCUGCUUCUCCAUCCUGAUGGUGGUGACCUUCAUCCAGCCGUACUGGAUCGGCGACAGCAUCGACACGCCGCAGGCCGGCUACUUCGGCCUCUUCUCCUACUGCAUCGGCAACGCGCUCACUGGGGAGCUCAUCUGCAAGGGCAGCCCCCUCGACUUCGGCACCAUCCCCUCCAGUGCCUUCAAAACUGCCAUGUUCUUCGUAGGCAUAUCCACCUUUCUCAUAAUUGGCUCCAUCCUUUGCUUCAGCCUCUUCUUCUUCUGUAACGCAGCCACCGUCUAUAAAGUGUGUGCCUGGAUGCAGCUGGCAGCAGCUACUGGGCUGAUGAUCGGCUGCCUGAUCUACCCUGACGGCUGGGACUCGAGCGAGGUGAAGCGCCUGUGUGGGGACAAGACAGACAAAUACACACUGGGUGCCUGCACCGUGCGCUGGGCCUACAUCCUCUGCAUCAUUGGGAUCCUCGACGCUCUCAUACUGUCCUUCCUGGCCUUUGUGCUGGGGAACCGGCAGGACAACCUCCUCCCAUCCGAUUUCAAAGUGGAAAAUAAAGAGGAGGGAAAUGACUGACAGAGCUCAUUACCACGGAGACCCAGAGCUCUUCUUUCAUCAGCUCUUUUCUUUAAAGUGACUUUUCUAGGAGAUUUAAACUUAUCUAAUUCUGUGGAUUUUCUACAGCUGUUUUCUUCACCCAUGAGGCUGCUCUUGGCUCACAGCUCUCGUGGAGUUUAUUUGAUGGGAAAAGCCCAAACUGGACAUGGGGUUUCUGAGUCCAUCAGCAAGAGGGGUCCUGGGCACGAGGGGAGUGACAGUGAUUUGCUGCUUUUUUUGUGGGGUUUGUACACCUUCUUUCAAGGAAAUUACUUAUGAAUAAAAAGUAAAAUAAAAAUCAGUGUUUUGGA